AUGGACCGCAGCGACGGCGCUCCACAGUACAACGACAGCUACGAGCGCGAUGAUCGCGACGACCGCGAUGGACGUGAUGGACGUGAUGAGCGCGAUGCCAUGAUGCAGGACCGCGCGCGUUCGCGAUCGCCAGGCGCAGCAGACGCGCGUUCGUCCGGCCGCAACGGCGACUCGUACCGCGAGCGCUCCGACCGCUCCGACCGCUCCGACCGCCCACGCCACUACGGGGACCGCGCAGGCGCAUCGCAACACGCUGCACACGAAGCUUCCAGAAAGAGUCAGAAGGACUGCCGUGUCUAUGUGGGGAACCUCAGCUAUGGCGUCAAGUGGAACACGCUCAAGGAUUUCAUGAGGGAGGCGGGCAACGUGGUCUUUUCCGAGGUCCUCACGCUUCCCAACGGAAGCUCCAAAGGCUGCGGCAUCGUCGAGUACAGCUCGCCAGACGAGGCGCAAAAGGCCAUCAGCUCGCUCACCAACAAGACGCUCGAGGGCCGCCAGGUUUUUGUGCGCGAGGACCGCGAGGACCAAGUGCGCUACGGCACCAACCCAAGCACGCCUCGAGGCGCCGCACCCCGUGGCGGCUUUGGAGGUGCGGGAGUACGAGGCGGCUACGCGCCUCCCGGUCGAGGCGGUCCCUAUGGCGCGCCUCCUCCUCCCCCUUACGGCGGCGGCUUCGGCGCCGGUGCACCCACCCAGCUGUUCAUUGGCAACCUGCCGUACGAGACGAGCUGGCAGGACCUCAAGGAUCUCUUCCGCUCGGCGGGCAACGUGACGCGCGCCGACAUCAACAUGGGGCCCGACGGACGCUCCAAGGGCACGGGCAUUGUGGCGUUUGGCAACUCCAACGAUGCCUCGAACGCGAUCGCCAUGUACCACAACUAUGACUUCAAGGGUCGACAGCUCGAGGUGCGGCUCGACCGGUUUGCCGCCGGCCCGCCCAUGGAUCCGUACGGCCGGGGAGGCUACGGUGCUCCGCCGCCUCCACCGCGUGGUGGAUUUGCGGGAGCGUAUGGCGGACGUGGUGGAUACGGCGGUCGUGGAUACGGCGGUGGAUACGGCGACCCCUAUGGCGGAGGCUAUGGAGGUGACCCGUACGGAGGUGGAUACGGUGGAGGCUACGGCGGCGGAGGAUAUGGCGGUGGAUACGGUGGAGGCGACCGGUACGUUCCGGCCGCCCACGCGCCUCGAUCUGCGCCAGCGCCGCGCUCGUCUGGCCCGACACCGACGGCGCCGUCGCAGCAGAUCUUUGUCAAGAAUCUGCCGUGGUCGACGUCGAACGAGGAUCUGGUGGAGCUGUUCCAGACGACGGGCAAGGUGGACGAGGCGGAGAUCAUGUUUGAAGGCGGCCGGAGCAAGGGGUGCGGCGUGGUGCAGUUUGCGAGCGUUCAGGAUGCCGAGACGGCCAUCGCAAAGUUCAACAACUAUGUCUACGGCGGUCGGCCGCUCGAGAUCUACUUUAACCGGCGCUGGAACAAUCUGGGUGCGGCGAGCCACGGAGGCCAUGGCGAUGCCGAUGCGUCGGCGCACGAUGCACAGUCGGCUGGCGACGUACCUGACGCGCCCAUGCCGCUGCAGUAA